CCUCUUCUUCUUCUUCCCUCCUCCCUUCCCUUAAUCCUCACUCUUCGACUCGCCCUUGUUCCCGUACAAUUCACAGGUUUUUACACAUACUUGGGCAAUUGAUACACCUCGCCCACCAUGAAAGACUUUCGGGGAGAUGAUGACGCCCAGUUGGCGGCCAUGGGCCACAAGGCCGAACUGAACCGCAAUUUCUCUAUGCUGUCAAUGUUGGGUUUAGCGUUUGCCAUUCUGAAUUCAUGGACCGCUUUAUCGGCCAGUUUGUCCCUCAGUCUGCCGUCUGGUGGCUGCGUUAGUGUCAUCUGGGGGUUGAUCACGGCUGGUAUCUGUAAUCUUUGCAUGUCGGCUUCGCUGGCCGAGUUCUUGUCUGCCUAUCCUACCGCUGGUGGACAAUAUCAUUGGGUUGCAGUUAUCUCCUGGGAGAGAUGGAUGCCCCUUCUUUCGUGGAUUACCGGUUGGGCGAACGUGACUGGCUGGGUUGCUCUCACUGCAACCGGAGGUCUUCUUGGAAGUGAACUAAUUUUGGGUGUUAUCUCGUUGAUGCAUCCUUCGUAUGUCUCUCAGCGCUGGCAUCAGUUCCUGAUAUACAUCGCCUAUAACAUUAUUGCAUUCCUCAUCAAUGCCUUUAUGGGCUCGCUUCUUCCCUUGGUUACUAAGGGUGCCUUUAUAUGGUCCCUUACCGGCUUCACUAUAAUCUGCAUUACUCUCUUGGCAUGCGCAUCGCCUAACUACAACUCCGGAGAGUUCGUCUUCGGAGAAUUCAUCAACGAAACAGGAUGGCCUGAUGGACUUGCUUGGCUGCUUGGACUCCUUCAAGGUGGACUGGGUCUCACAGGCUUUGACGGUGUCGCACACAUGAUCGAAGAAAUUCCGAACCCCUCGGUGGUAGGGCCCAAGAUCAUGAUUGGUUGCGUCGGUAUUGGAACCUUUACUGGCACUAUCUUCUUGAUUGUUCUCCUGUUUGUGGCUGGAAACAUCUACGAAGAUAUCAACUCCGCGGCCACGCCUUUACUGCAGAUUUUCGUGAAUGCGACGAGCAACAACGCCGGUGCCAUCUGCCUUCUCGUCUUCCCUCUCGUGUGUGUUCUCUUCGCUGCUAUCACGAUCAUGACCACCAGCAGUCGUAUGAUCUACGCCUUUGCAAGAGAUGGCGGUCUCCCCGCUUCUCCUUUCUUCAGCAAGGUGCACACCAAGCUGGAGGUUCCUCUGAAUGCAUUGUACCUUACCAACAUUCUGGUCAUUAUUUUUGGAUGCAUUUUCCUCGGCUCGUCAAGUGCAUUCAACGCUAUUGUGUCGGCUUCGGUUGUCAUGCUUGAUGUGGCGUACGGCAUCCCUAUUGCAGUGAACUGCAUUCGCGGCCGGAAGAUGCUACCGGAGAGGUCCUUUGUCUUGCCCAACGUCGUGGGCUGGAUUGCAAACCUGAUCUCGCUAGCCUACGUUUCCCUCACGACCGUGCUCUUCCUCUUCCCCCCUGACUACCCUGUUACUGGAAGCAACAUGAACUACUGUGUAGCCGUGUUUGGCAUCGUUAUGGUGGUGUCGAUCUUCCAAUGGUUUGUUGACGGACGUAAGAACUUCACCGGACCCCGGAUGGAUGUAGAUAUCAUCAGUGGCCAGGUAGCCCCCGGUGAAGGCACCGAUGAAGUCGUGGUGCCUACCAACUUCCAUGAGAAAUAAGCAGGUCGCAAAUUGGCGAAUCGGAUGAACAUGGGCCCGAGCACAGGUGCUCAGGUAUUUUUGGAAACCUUUUUUGUAUA